AUGAAGUUCUCCGUCUCCGCAAUUGGUCUGGGCCUUGCCAGCCUUACUUCUGCCAUCUCUGUUUCCUACGACACCGGCUACGAUGACGGAAGCCGUGCUCUGACCACUUUGUCUUGCUCAGAUGGUGCAAACGGCCUCAUCACCAAGUACGGAUGGAACACCCAGGCCAACGUUCCUUCAUUCCCUCGCAUCGGUGGUUACCAGGGAGUCGAAAGCUGGAACUCUGCACAGUGCGGUACUUGCUACGGAGUCACAUACAACGGCAAGACCAUCUACGUCCUAGCUGUCGACCACACCGCCACUGGCUUCAACCUUGCCAAGGCCGCCAUGGAUGAGCUCACGAACGGUCAGGCUGCUCAGCUUGGACGCAUCGAUGCUCAGUAUGCGCAGGUGGCCACCAGCAACUGUGGCUUUUAA